GGCAGGGAAAGUUGCGUCAUUUUUUUUGUUGUCUUACGUUAAUAUUGUCAAAAAAAUGUGUGUUACAUUUUAAAAUGGGAACAAUGGCCAGCAGCUUGUCUUAACACAGGCUGGAAUUUGGCUGGAAUUAUCAAGUCAUUCCGAAAUAAUGUUCUUCCCCGGAUGCUUACGAUACAGUCAAACAAAUUCCGCAAAAAUUCUAUGCUAACACUGGUGAAAGAAAGUAGCUUCUUUUGAUGUCGUUUGUGUUCAAAAUAUGUUCAAUUGCUAUUGAAAUUGGUAUUUUACACAGCCUGUUUACACUGCAGCCAAUCUGGAUCAGAUCCGGAUUAAAUGGCAAUUUUUUUUUACACGUCCCCUUUACACUGCGGCCAAUAUGGAUCAGAUCCGGAUUAAAUGGCGGGGUUUUGUUUACACGUCCCGUUUACACUGCAGACAAUCUGGAUCAGAUCCGGAUUAAAUGGCAUUUUACACGUCACCUUUUUACACUGCGGCCAAUCUGGAUCAGAUCCAGAUUAAAUGGCAUUUCUUUUACACAUCCCCUUUACACUGCGGCCAAUCUGGAUCAGAUCCGGAUUAAAUUGCAAAAAAAAAGUACACGGCCCCUUUACACUGCAGCCAAUCUGGAUCAGAUCUGGAUUAAAUUGCAUGUUAGACACCCCUUUUACACUGCAGCCAAUCUGGAUCAGAUCCAGAUUAAAUGGCUUUUUUACACGUCCCGUUUACACUGCGGCCAAUCUGGUUCAGAUCCAGAUUAAAUGCCAUUUUACACGUCCCCUUUACACUGUGGCCAAUCUCGAUCAGAUCCGGAUUAAAUGCCAUUUUACACUUCCGGUUUCACUCUGGCCAAUCUGGAUCAGAUCUGGAUUAAAUUGCAUUUUUACACGUCCUCUUUAUACUGCAGCCAAUCUGGAUCAGAUCCGGAUUAAAUGCCAUUUUACACUGUUUACUCCUCUUUACACUGUAUAUUAGCAUUGUAUAUGACCUUGGCUAUAUUGUCAAUCACCCCACUACCUCAAUAUACUUGAAGCUUUACAAUAAACGCAAUUAUUUCAGUUAAUAAUUUUUUAUUAACAUUUUUUAAUGUUAUUUAUGCUGCGAACUGAAAAACUGUUACCAAACAGUUGGUGACUGAGGAUCACCGAUAUCAGCCUGAAUUUCACUGAGUUGCAUUUACGUAUUUUGUAAAAGGUGCUUCUAUUUUGAAAGCGACAACCGGACGUGGUACCUCCUCCCCAUCCCAGCCAGCUUGACGCACGCGGUUAGUGGCGCCUCUGCGCGCUGAAAAAGAGCAGAGCCAGACUGCCGUGAAGUGGGCGGGUUGAACCGAGGACGCCGAGAGACUCGCGGUGGACAUCCGCCGUUGCAGGACGUCACAUCGAAGCAUCCCCGAGUGUGCGACACGCAACCUGCCUGCACACGCAACACGCACGCCGUCAGUCAGUCAGUCAGCCAGUCCACCAUGAGGACGCACGUAUGGAUUUACCAGGCGCUUGUGUGCGCGCUGCUGGGCAUGCUGGAUGCAGGUGAGGCCAGAAAGAGCCGUCAGUCCUUGCAGCGCUACGAGAAAUCCGAAAACCACCUCCUGGUCUGCGCGGACUGCCCUCAGCCGCCUUUGGUGCGCAACAGUCGCUCGCAGGAACACUGCGCACGCAAAUGCAAAAAAGUGAAGAAACACUUCAACUGCAGGGCCUUCAACUUCCACAAGCACAACAGGAAAUGCCACUUGCUUCCCUUCGACCGCUUCGGCCACGGCGUGCAGAAGCAAGCCAACGCUAACUUCACGCUGUACGAGAAGAAAGAUUACAUAAGGGAGUGCAUCAUGGGACCCAAGGACAGCUACAGAGGGAGGAGGUCUUGGACCAAGUCAAACAUCACUUGUCAAGCUUGGUCAGAUAAUAACAUCAAUGAACACACGUUUUAUCCCGAUAGGUACCCGACGCAAGACCUGAGGGAGAACUUCUGCCGGAAUCCCAACAACGACCCCGGUGGUCCGUGGUGCUACACCACCGAUCCCAACGUAAGAGCCGAGGAGUGCGGCGUAGCACAUUGUUUCGAGGAUGUUUGCAUGACAUGCAACGGCGAGGAUUACCGAGGAAAAGUAGACCAUACCGAGAGCGGGAAGGAGUGCCAGCGAUGGGACUCAUCCAGGCCACAUAAACACCACUUCCAGCCUAAAAAGUACCGGGACAAAGGCUUAUCGGACAACUACUGCCGGAACCCGGAUAACCGCCUGCGUCCUUGGUGCUACACCAUGGAUCCCAAGACUCCCUGGGAGUACUGCAACAUCACAGCAUGUGAGUCCGACUCCUCCGGCGUCGAGGAGCCAGAUGUGAACGUGACGGCGUCCUGCGUCCGCGGAAAGGGGAAAGACUACCGCGGCACCAUGAACGUCACUCCCGAGGGGGUGACGUGUCAGCGAUGGGACUCGCAGUUCCCUCAUCAGCACUCGUUUAUUCCCCGCCACUUCAAAUGCAAGGACCUGAGGGAGAACUUCUGCCGCAACCCGGAUGGCGCGGAGUACCCGUGGUGCUUCACCAACGACCCCAACCAGAGGAAGGCCAACUGCACGCACAUCCCCAGGUGUGGCGCCGAGGACGCGCAGAAAACUGAGUGCUACCAAGACAACGGCGAGACGUACCGCGGCGCUUUAGCCAUCACUCGUUCCGGGAUUCCCUGCGCCGACUGGUCGCGUCACAUAAACAGCGGGGAUUCUCACUCUACACUAUCCCAUGUAGGGCUGGAGAGGAACUACUGUCGAAACCCGGACCGGGACAAGCACGGCCCCUGGUGUUACACCAACCCCAACACGCGCCUCUCUUGGGACUACUGCAAACUCAAGCACUGUGACGCCGCUACACGGACGCCGCUGGUGAACGCCACUCUGGGCCCUCCCGGUGCGUCUCCGACCCCCCGCAGGAUUUCGUGCUUCGUCCACAUUAACACCCGCAUCGUCGGGGGACACCAAGUACGAGGAACAGAUGGCAGCUGGGUCGUGAGCAUCCAGCGAGAAAAGAUUCAUCUAUGCGGAGGGUCUUUGAUCCGGGAAAGCUGGGUGUUGACGGACCAGCAGUGCUUCACGUCCUGCGUUCCAGACCUGAAGGACUACAGCGUCCAGGUGGGUCUGCACCACCUCAACGAGUCCUCCCGCCAUCCCAGACUCGGAAUUUCCCGCCUCAUCUGCGGACCGGAGGGAUCCAACUUGGUCAUGCUGAAACUGUCGGACCCCGCCCCCGUGUCGGAGGGCGCGUCCACCAUUCAUCUUCCCGUAAAAGAAUGUCACAUCGCCGUGGGCACAAACUGCACCAUGUACGGAUGGGGGGAAACCAAAAACACGGGACAUGACGAGGCCAUGAACCGUGUGACCAUGCCCAUGGUGGAUGGGGACAUGUGCUCGCGAAUCAAGGGGGACGCCGGAGACAGCAGGAUAUGCGCCGGAGGACGGAGAGGAGAAGGCGUUUGUGAUAAAGACUACGGCGGUCCGCUAGUUUGCCAGGAACACGAACGUAAAGUCAUCGUGGGCGUUAGCAUACAGCGGACCAAGUGCGCCUCGUCGCGGCCGGCGCUCUUCGUCAACGUGGCCUACUACUCGGAGUGGAUAUACAAGGUGUUCAAGCUGUACCCCGGCCCCGACACGAACUGACAGCGGGGGCGGGGUUGGGGGCGGAGCAACGUGCCUUCAGGGAAAUGGAAUUUGCCAAUGAAGACUGAUGAAGCCAUGAAGUAUUAUCUCCUGGAAUAUACUUGAAUACCGAGUAGCAUGACUACAAGGAUCCUAGAAUGUGCCUCCUCCUCCGUCCGCCCCUUUUGCCCCCUCGCGAGGUUCUUGUGUUUGCGGCAUAAGAGAGUGAAGGUCCGUGCCAAGGACAACAUGGCGGUUGGAUCUCGAAGCGAAGCCCCUGGUGGGUUGUGUUUGUGGUCACCAGGACAUUUGUCUCCAUGCUUGGUCCAUCCCGAUGAACGUCCCGUGUUGACUUUAUGGGUCUUAUAGAUCUGGAGGCUUCUUCUUCCUCCUUCCGCUAAUAUCGGAUUGGGAAAGAGCGCUCGUGCUAUUUAUUUCCUUCUCACGUCCACCCUGAGGAGCAGCCCUGCAACAUCUAAUCCAUAUGCAAAUCAGAAUGGACAUAAAACAGCGGCUAUGAUGGCGUGCACUACCUGGCUGCAACCAGCGGGGGCGCUGUUGUCACAUUUGAUAGCAAUGCAAAUAUUUAUAAGUCUCUUUUUCAUGGAACGGUCAUACAUUCUAUCAUAUACAGGAUCAUCAUAUUAUAUACAGGAUCUUUGAUGAGUAGCAGGUCCCUAACAGCACAGCACUCCUGUCCCAUAGAGGAUCUUUGACUAGUAGUCAGUCCCAACAAACAGCAAAAUGCUCCUGUCAUAUCAAGGAUCUUUGAAGAUUAAUCGUUCCUUAAAAACAGCCAAGCACUCCUGUCCCAUAGAAGAUCUUUGACUAGCAGCAGGUCCCUAAAAACAGCAGAGCUGUCAUGUUAUAAAGUCAAUAUCUAACUAAUAGUCAGUCCCAACAAACAGCAAAACCCUCCUGUCAUUUCAAGGAUCUUUGAAGAUCAGACGUUCCUUAAAAACAGCCAAGCACUCCUGUCCCAUAAAGGAUCUUUGACCAAAAACAGCAGAGCUCUCCUGUUAUAAAGUCAAUCGUCCCAACAAACAGCAAAAUGCUCCUGUCAUAUCAAGGAUCUUUGAAGUUCAGUCGUUCCUUAAAAACAGUCAAGCACUCCUGUCGCAUAGAGGAUCUUUGACUAGCAGUAGGUCCCUAAAAACAGCAGAGCUCUCCUGUUAUAAAGUCAAUCUCUAACUAGUAGUUGAUCCCAACAAACAGCAAGAUGCUCCUGUCAUAUCAAGGAUCUUUGAAGAUCAGUCGUUCCUUAAAAACAGCCGAGCACUCCUGUCCCAUAGAGGAUCUUUGACUAAAAACUGCAGAGCUGUCUUGUUAUAAAGUCAAUCGUCCCAACAAACAGCAAAAUGCUCCUGCCAUAUCAAGGAUCUUUGAAGAUCAGUCGUUCCUUAAAAACAGCCGAGCCCUCCUGUCAUAUAGAGGAUCUUUGACUAGCAGCAGGUCCCUAAAACAGCAGAGCUCUCCUGUUAUAAAUUCAAUUUCUAACUAGUAGUCGAUCCCAACAAACAGCCAAACGCUCCUGUCAUAUCAAGGAUCUUUGGAGAUUAGUCGUUCCUUAAAAACAGCCGAGCACUCCUGUCCCAUAAAGGAUCUUUGACCAAAAACAGCAGAGCUCUCCUGUUAUAAAGUCAAUCUCUAACUAGUAGUCGGUCCCAACAAACAGCAAAAUGCUCCUGUCAUAUCAAGGAUCUUUGAAGAUCAGUCGUUCCUUAAAAACAGCCGAGCACUCCUGUCCCAUAGAGGAUCUUUGACUAAAAACAGCAAAGCUGUCCUGUUAUAAAGUCAAUCGUCCCAACAAACAGCAAAAUGCUCCUGUCAUAUCAAGGAUCUUUGAAGAGCAGUCAUUCCUUAACAACAGCCGAGCACUCCUGUCCCAUAGAGGAUCUUUGACUAGCAGCAGGUACCCAAAAACAGCAGAGCUCUCCUGUUAUAAAGUCAAUCUCUAACUAGUAGUUGAUCCCAACAAACAGCAAAAUGCUCCUGUCAUAUCAAGGAUCUUUGAAGAUCAGUCGUUCCUUAAAAACAGCCGAGCACUCCUGUCCCAUAGAGGAUCUUUGACUAAAAACAGCAGAGCUGUCCUGUUAUAAAGUCAAUCUCUAACUAGUAGUCGAUCCCAACAAACAGCAAAAUGCCGUCAUGUCGAUGACACGCUCCUCAUGCCAGUUAUCAACGGUAAGCGAUAAACAUAAAGACUGAACAUAAAUCCACCAUGUAAGUAUGAUGAGUAUGAUGACUUGUUUUCCUUGACCAGCGUAUUGUUUGUCUUUUAAUUUAUGACUUGACUUGUCUUUAUUUAUGACUACAUUAGCCAUAAUAUAUACAAGCAUCGGUUGCUGGUCCUUUUCAAAGUCAUACGCUGCUUUACGAGUUAAGUAUGUGCUUGUUUCCUAUUUCCAAAUACACAAAAAUAACCAAGUAAAAACGAUUCCCACUGACUCAAUCUAAUUUGUUUUUAUUGUAAAUUGUCAAGCCAAUUAUGCUUUUAUUUUGUGUUCCUUAUUUAAUUGUAAAUAGCCCUGUGUAAAUGGUGUAAGUUCUGUAAAUAACACAACAAUGACUGAAUAUAUUUUUUUAUUAUGUCAAACUGAUCAACGCUGCUAUU